AUGAAGGGCCACGAGCGCGACCCGCGCUGGUCCCGCCGCCGCCGCGACACGUGCAUUCUGUGGUCACUUGGCAUCGGCGCCCUCGUAACGCUGCUCUGGCUCACGGUAUUCAUGACACUUUUACUCACAACGGGCGACCAGGUCUUCCGGCGCCGAUACCCACGCCUCGCGCCACAUCCCUUCGCCUUGGUCUUCGGCGCCGACGGCGCGUCGGCGCUCGCGCGGAAGAUCGCCUCGCGCCCGCCGGACGCGCACGAGUCCGACGUGGCCUCGGUGGCGCAUUCCAUCGACGGGCGGAGGAUUGUCGUGGUCGACGGCGCCAUCAGCGAGAAAGCCAGAGCGCACGUCGCCGACACGUACGUGAAACUGACGGGCUCGCGCGCCGAGUCCGGCUGGAGCCGCGAGAAGGCCUCGGACGCGUCCGUCGAAGGCAACGCCAUGGCGAAAGAUUUACCUUAUACGGAGUGCGGCGCCGGCGCUGGGCUCGAUGCGGUGCGGGCCAUCGCGCCCCACUUUUUUGAUCAAUGUUCCCCAUUACGACCCAUCUGGGCAACCCGUUGCACGGUCUACGCGCAGAACUUCGCGGACGUCGACGAGGCCCACGAGGACCGGAAUCACGACGGCGACGCAUUCAGUGUUACAGCAAUAUGGUAUCCCCACGAGCGGUGGCAUCCCCACUGGGGCGGCGAGACCGUGUUCCUGAGCGACUCGGGCGGCGGCGAGGACGCGGAAUUGCUUUUGCCGGUCCUGCCGAAGCCCGCCCGGCUCGUCAUGUUCGACUCGGAGCAGCCGCACAUGUCCAAGCCGCCGACGGUCAUCGCCGAGCCCUUCGCACCGCCUGUAUUAAACCACGUCCCGUCUACGCGGACGCAGGGCAACCGCUUCGCCGUCGUGACGCGGGCGCUCUGCGGGCGGAAGACGUCCAAAGAGCUCGUCGCGGAAUACGGCACGGACGGCUACCUGUCGCGGCACCAGGCCCAGUCCAUGUUCGAGGAGCUGGACGUGGGCGCGUCGCACGAGCAGGCGACGCGACUGAUGGGCGCCAACCAACGCGCCUCGGCGGCGGACCUGGACCGCCUCUUCCGGGUCCCGUCCACGGCUGAUAUGCACGAGCGGGUGUCGCUGCGGGGGAGCCUUCCGGCGCAUAGAUAA